UUGAUUUAAAAUGUUGAUUGUGUUCGCUAGAGCUCUAAUAUUCGGCUUUCUAGUCAAAUCGAUAACUGCCAAUGUGGAGUGCUCCAGUGAUUCUCCCCCGCUUGUGCCAAAAUACCACUUAAUGGAGAAGUGUCACCGUUCGAAGCUGGGAAUUGCAGCUAAAGCCAACUAUACUUCCUUGACGAGUUGCCAAAGACUUGGUAUCGAGAAGAAGGCUUUAGCUUUGAACUUUAGUCCACCAGAAGCGGUGGGGAUGGGAGAACCUAUGGACUACACCUGUGAAGUACUAAAGUGCGCUGAAGCCGAUGGUGGACUGUCGUUGGUGAACGAUACCAGAUAUGAUUACUACAGCAUCUAUGCAAAACCUUUAACCCACGUGAACUCAACAUGCGUGCCAGCAACAGGCAUGUUCUACCUGGUUUCGACCAAGAUGAACUAUUCACAAGCGCAGGCGCAUUGUAAGAACAUGAGCAGCUCGCUUGCAGACGUGACCAGUGAGCAGCGGACUGACCUCCUGGCCGCCUUAUUGGCAGGGGCCACUGUUGAAGCUGCAUUUGUUGCCUUGAAGAGCAACAAUGGCAGUGUCUUCUACAACGUAAAUGGAGAUACUCUAGACUGCACAUCAUAUCGCGCCUGGGCCCCUGGUCAUCCGCGGAGGUAUCGAGACAAGUUCGAUUGUGUCGUCAUCACCAGGCAAAGGACCUGGCGGUCUACGUCCUGCAAGAAAAAGUUUCCAGUUCUUUGUGAACUACUGCCUGGGGGGCCUUAUAAACGACGAGGCCAUAUAUUUGCCAGUAGAAAACGAAAUGAUACCAUUGUGGAACCUGAGCAACCUCAAGAAAAUCAUGAAAGUAACAAUAAAUCGUAA